AUGGCACCCCAAGUCAACGGCGACCCCGCCCCCUCCUCCGCCUUCCUCGCACAUCUUGUCUCCUAUCCAGUAAUCAACGACAGCAUCACCUCCUUCAAGUCGCAUCCCUACGGCGCCAAAUCCCUACAACUCACAUCGCAAGGCUACGAAAAGCUCGGCGUGCCCCUCCUCCCCUACCUCUCCAAGCCAUACGAAUACGUCUCUCCCUACGUGAAGAAAGCGGAUUCCCUCGGAGACUCUACACUCUCGUCUCUCGACACCAAAUUCCCCGUCGUCAAGAAGUCCACCAGCGAGCUAUACCAAGAUGCCCAGUCUGUGGUGUUCUUCCCGCUGAAGAAGGGCACUGAGGGCAAAGAUUACGUGCUCAACACAUAUCACGGCGAGGUCAAGAAGGUCGGCGGCGAGGGUGUCGUGACAUAUGGCAAGGCCGCCGUCGGCACGGGAUUCAAGGUCGCUGGUGAUUCAUGGGCGUGGUUGAACUCCUUCCUCGGCGCUACGAAGGCCCCGGCUAAGGAGGUUUCCUCUGAAAAGAACUGA